UUUCGAAAAACAUUAAAACACAUGGUUGCGCGGCAGUUGCAUCUCAUCAAAUAUACAAUUGCACGAUAGUACGAUAGUAAGUGCGCAAGACUGUGAGGUAUUUAAAGACAAGAAGUAUCAUUGAACGGUCGAUGUCUUUUACUUUGCAUACUAUAACUCACCGUGUAUUAAAACCUGGUUAUAAAUUAUCCAGGAGUUCAUUUUUAUCAAGAAUACAAAAGGAUAUUGUAACUCCGAAUUCAUUCUAUUCUAUGGAUAGCAACAAUUUGGGACCAGUGCAGCAAACAAUCCAAGAAAAGUUAAAAUCAUUUUAUAAGCCAACAUAUCUUGAAGUUGUUAACGAAAGUUACAAACAUUCUGUACCAAAAGGGUCAGAAUCACAUUUCAAAGUUGUAGUAGUGUCGGACAUUUUUGACGGACAAAGUCACAUACAAAGACACAGAGGAGUUAAUAACCUUCUCAAAGAAGAACUUUCCGGAAAAAUUCACGCCCUUUCUAUUCAAGCAAAGACACCAUCUCAGUGGAAAGCAUCAGAUCAAUUCGUGGACAGCACCCCUCCCUGUUUGGGUGGCUCUAAAGCUGAUAGAAAGUGAUUUUCCGUCACAAAAAUGUCAUCUGAUCCACUGAAAAAGAAGAUAUCCUCCUUAAUUAUAGAGGACCGGGAGACUGAUGUUGUCUGUGCAUCAUUUGAUGACAGAAAUUUAGUUGUGGUCACACAGUACAAAAAACUUGGUACUAUUUUAAGCGUAACCACACAGUCUUUGGUGGAUUUUACAAAAGGUUCAGUUACUUUUGAUGUUAAAAUGUUGAUGGGUAAAGAUGACCCCAUACUGCAUGCUUAUGCCAAAGCAAUUGGGACUGUGGUUCAUGAUUUAAUGAAAGAAAAUAAAAAUUCAAUUUCAUCGGGCAAGCCAUUGCUAUGUACACUUGCUAUUUCCAAUCCAACUCCAACCAACCUUGCAGAGAUAUGUAAUGUUAUAAAACAAUGUAACGUGUUCUAAACUGAGGGUCCCAAUUUUUUGAUACUUUAUUUGGUUGACCCCCCUAAAAUGUUUACAUAAUGCUUAGUAUUGGAACUGCUAAGCGAAAAUAAUGUUAAAAGUCAUAAAUCGCAGAAAAAAAAAGCUAUAGUACAACAAAACUCGCGUUUUUGAAUAAUUUGUAAAAUUACAUUGGUAGCAAUAAUUGAAAAUUACUGUUUUUUCGUUUGCCUUUUUAAAACAGAACUGAAUACAAUGGUGUUAGGUAUUCCACUUGCUAAGUUGCUUCCAGAAAUAUUUAAAACUGUAACAAAACCUAUGGUUAAUGCUCUGAAGAGGAACGUACGAAAAAGUCCCUUUUGGAAGGACAGUGUAUUUAUACCAAUGGCUCAAAGUUAUAAUAAAGCAUCAGUUCGAGUGAGGUUAUGGUCACAAGGAAUCCACAGAAACAAGGAGCAAGUUGAAAGGUCAGCACAUAUGAAUGAUGAAGCUGCACUUGAACUUGGAGCAGAAAUCGUUGCCAACUCUGCCACGUUUAUUGUCGGACUUCUGGCUAUUAUAAUGCAACAAAGUAUCGCCGCGGCAACGGAAAAGAAGAAAGAGAAACAAGAGGAGCAAGAGUUGAUGAAGAUGGAAACCAACAUCCUAGAGCUUCGGAGACAAGUCCUCGAUAUCGGAUUAUCUGUCGAACAGAUAGAUGCAAAGGUCCGAGAAUUAACGAGACAUGUUGUUUCUAUGAAAGGGUACGGAAAAACUGAAGCGAGAAAAUCAAAUGAUCCGGAAAAGGUUUCUCUUAGUAUUAAAACGUAACAGGUUGCAAAAGUUGUGGAUUUUUUAUGCAGCAUUUAGCAAGCACAUGCGUGAAUGUUGCAAUUGUUAUAUUUUAGUUUAAUUUCAGAGCAUUGUUAAAUAGUACAUUUUAAUUAUCGCGAAUUUAUUCUUGUUGUGGCAUCAGCCAGAUUCUUUUCUAAUACACCUUAUUAAAUAACAGCAUUUGAAGUACCUU